CGACUCCUGUUUACAAAUUGGGUUGUAUCCCAAAUGGUUUCUUAUUGGUCAUUUCGUACACUAACAUAGGGGCGAUUUACCCGCUAUUUUAAGCGGUAUGUAGUGCAGCUAUGUAGGGAGCAGGGAGUGGUUUGGGGUUUCGCCUGAGGAACCGGACUCCUUUAAUGAAAGUCAGACUCCUUUAAUGAAAACGUUAUUUUAGUGUUGUUUUGUUUCUUAAUGAACAAUGAAAAUGAAAGUUGUUGCACUGAUAAGUGGUGGAAAAGACAGCUGCUACAACAUGAUGCAGUGUGUUGCUGCAGGACACACUAUAGUAGCACUGGCCAAUCUCCGACCAGCUCACACAGAUGAACUUGACAGCUACAUGUAUCAGACAGUUGGGCAUCAGGCUAUUGAGCUGUAUGCAGAGGCCAUGGAUCUGCCACUGUACAGGAGGACCAUCGAGGGCUCGAGUGUGGACACAGGCAGAGAAUACAGCCCGAAUGAUGCUGAUGAGGUGGAAGACCUGUACCAGCUACUUAAACUUGUAAAGGAAAAGGAGGGUGUUGAAGCAGUAUCAGUAGGAGCCAUUCUGUCUGACUACCAGAGAGUUCGGGUGGAAAAUGUGUGCUCCAGGUUGCAGCUCCAGCCACUGGCGUAUUUGUGGCGCCGGGAGCAGGCUGAUCUGCUCAGUGAGAUGAUCUCCUCUGGCCUUCAGGCCUUCGUCAUCAAGGUGGCGGCGUACGGUCUGGAUCCUGGAACACAUUUAGGAAAGACACUGGCUGAGAUGGAACCCUAUCUGCAUCAGCUUUCGAAGAAGUACGGAGUGCAUAUCUGUGGCGAAGGUGGCGAGUAUGAGACCUUGACCAUUGACUGCCCUCUCUUCAAGAAAAGGAUAGUCAUUGAUGCAAUGGAGACGAUUAUGCAUUCAGACGAUGCCUUUGCCCCAGUCGCAUACCUGCGCUUUACACAGAUGCACACAGAAGACAAAACUACCGGUUCCACAGAGAGCGCGCUGCCCCUCACUAGCUGUCCUUGCCAGAGCGUCGUUGACAUGAUGACUGAGGAGACGGUUUAUGCUGAUAAAGCCCAAGACGUACAGGAAGAAUUUGCAUCAAAUGCAUGCCAGUUCAUGAGCUCAGCCAGAAGUUCUGCGGGUUAUCAGUGGAUCACUGGAAUCAGUGGCCAUUCCUCUGAGGUCACAGAUAUCCAGAGCCAGGCGCAGCAUGCCUUCACUGUGCUGCAAGGUGAAUUACAGGAGAAGGGCUGGCAGAUGAAGCACAUUGUGCUGGUUCACUUGUAUGUGAGAGACAUGGAGGACUUUGGGAAAGUGAACGCAGUGUACCGCAUUUUCUUCAGCCACUGUCCUCCAGCCAGGGUGUGUGUGCAGGCUCGGCUGCCCGUGGGUCAGCGCUUGCAGAUGGAUGUGCUGCUUCAUGACUGGUCAGUGGCUCCUGAAGUAGGCUGCUUCCAGCACAGAGAUACACUGCACGUGCAGAGUAUAUCUCAUUGGGCGCCGGCUAACAUCGGGCCGUACAGCCAAGCUGUGCAGGUGGAUGAAGCCGUGUUCUGUGCAGGUCAGAUCGCUCUGGUCCCCUGCACCAUGCAGCUGCUGAGAGCGGGUCCACGCCCACAGGCCCAGCUGUGCUACAGCCACAUGGAGAAAGUCCUGCGUGCCAUGAGUGCCAGUCUCACGUUGGGACACACACUGCAGGCACACUGCUACGUCACAGACCAUACACACAUACCAGCUGUCAGAAAGGUGUGGCACGAUAAGAUACAGGACAGUCAUGAGCAGGAGGUAUGCUGUGGAGUAGAGGAGAUUCAAUGCCCCCCUCUGGUUGUUUCCGUGAUGCCCUCUUUGCCCAGAGGAGCAGCAGUGGAACUUCAUGUCAUUGCUGUGCAGGACGAGCCUGCAGAGAGGACCUCCUGUCAGAUGUCCUCUGAGAUCCCAGGAGGCACUGUCCACUGGCAGGUGCUGCAGUCCAGUAACCGCCAUUACGCCACUCUGUCCCUGACUGUGUCCCUGCAUGAGUCAUGCACCACACCAGAGUGCAUGGGCACAGAGUGCAUCCUGGGGGCAGUGUGCACCUCCUUCCAGCAAGCUCUAAAGAACAUGGAGGAGACUCUGUCUCCUUUAUGUACCAGAGUCUUCUACAAGGACAGCAAUAAGUUAGCCGCUGAGCUCUCUGCAGGGCUGCAGGGUUGCCUUGACAGCGGACUGGGUGCGAAAAGGCCAGCACUGGCUCUGGUUCCUGUGGUGGAGCUGCCGGACUGCACUCUCCUUCACCUCUCUUGCUGGCUCAGCACAUAGUGGAGGACUACGACCACAGCGACCACACAGGCUGGACUGGUAGUCGCUCUAGAGUGUCCAGUGGUAAAUGACUGGAUUUAUAAACGUCAAGACAUUUCAUGUUUCAUCUGACCAGUCCUGUUGAUCAGCUUCACUUGAAUUUGACUUACUACGAACAGGCCAUUUAAAAUGAACUAAACUGACUAAACAAUUUACCAGACAUAUGCAUUUACCAACACACACAUAUCAGGCGAGGACCAAGACUGUGUGGAAUAACUACACAGAGUGCUUAGCCUCAAGAACACCAAGAUUGAACAGUGGUCACCAAUCAUCUGCCUUCCUGCAGGUUUCAUCCUCAACCAAAAUCUAACACAGCGGUUUUAGUUGAUCAAGAACUUCUUAAGGCAAUGAUUAGAUGGUCAGGUGGGUACGAUUACGGUUGGAGCUAAAGUCUUCAUGAAGGUAGAUCUCCAGGAACAGUGUUGGUGACCACUGGCAUACUGUAUUGUAUGUCACUUUGAAUCCACACUGAAAUUGUUAAGUAAGUGAUGUGAUUGCACAGUGUAAGUACCCUGCUGCCCUAUCCACAUCUCUCCAGCUCUGCUCCAUAUGCUCUGCUCUGUUGGAGCCAUCGGGGGGGGAAUAGUCUGUUUUUAUGGAGAAUGAGCUCCAUAAUUGGCCAUACAUAAAAUAAAGCCAUUUGGUGACAUGAAUGAUUAAUGUGCAAACACCUGCUACAUGCCAGACAAUCAUAAAACUGUGGUAGGUUAUUGUUUUUUAUAAAGUUCACAAAGUUGAAUUGAAUGGACCUCUUCGGAGACUCGGAGGAGAGAAAACUGGAAGAGAUGGCGUCGGUGUGGAUAUACUGCCAUUCCUGUAAGUGUACGUAAUAAACAGUAUAUGCUUUCUAUAAACUAGAAAUGGUUCUGAACACUGUGAGUUUUCCUGAACUGAACUUUGUAUCUCUUUUUCAUGUAUCUCAAGUAAAGUUUUAGCAUUUCAAAGUUUGAUUACCUGCAAAAGUGAAAAGAGAGGAAAUCUAAUUGAAAGAUUUCACACAUCCUGUGAUGCAGGAGCAUGGCAGACGUUUUGACAGAAGGUAUAUGAUUACCGAGUUGAUUCUGCUAAUCCUAUGGCGAGUAGCUAUCCAACAACUCGAUUAAAGCGUGACACUCACGCUAUGAUGAAAUCACACUUAGCUAGCAAGGUUUUAGACAUCUUAAGACAGACUGACUGUUCUUACCGCAGUUUUUGUUAAACUGGAUCCUUAGACAACAUAAACCAUCCUUAGGUAAGAUAAAAACGUUCAAAUAAAGUAAAGUAAUGCUUUUCUUAAAUUGAGGUGUCAAAGUAUGUUAAAUCUGAUUUUUGGACACGAUUUUGUGUUUUCUGGUUGGUGGUGGUGUAUUUCCCAGACCACCAAAUAUUUAACGAAUUACAGUAAAUACUUGAGACUGUGACAGUUGCAUGCAUGCGUGUAUGUGUAUGUGGAAGCAGAGCAUGCUCAGUGAGUGGGUGUCUGUGUGUUGGGUCGUAAUUGGUUGUUCUAGUAAUCUAGUGUGUCCUGUGCUGAGGACCAGCUACAGCUGUCACUGCCAUGGGGGGGUCAUUGUGAGGACUUUGUGGCCAACUGUAUCUCUCUCUCUCUCUGUUUGUGAACGAGGGAAUUGUUUGUUUUAUAUACCUCACAUUAGAAAGGUGUUAUUAUUGUGUAAUGGGCAAUCAGAGGCAAGCAACCAAACAAUCUCUUUAUUCCCCUAUUGAUUCUUAAGGUGGGUUUAAUAGAAGAGGGUUGCAGGGUAAAUUCUUCUAUACUCACUUCUGUUUGUGUGUUGAACCAGAGCUAUUAUAAAUUUCCCCUGAAUUGCAUUUCUUUCUCAGAAAAAUCUGAAAAUAUAUUGAUGUGCUCAAUUGGUCAGCUUUUCUUCUUGCCUAAGAUGACCGCAUGUUAGCGUCUAUUGAUCUUUUCUUCAUGUUUUCCAUUGACGUUCCCAAUAAAGUUGUUAACAACUGA